UAUAGUUUCAUUUUGUGGUUCGAAUUGGAGGUUAUGUUUUGGUUUCAAAGUUAUUAAUAUCAAUAAAUGAAUUUUAACGUAGAUUAUCAAUAGAAGAUUAACAAAAGAAGUAUCGCAUUAGAAUUGAAAUAAACUAAACUAAGCUUAGCGUCGAAACUUCUAAAAAUUACCCAAUAUCCACAUCAUUGGAACCAGGAUUUCUAUCUCGCAACUAUGAUUAAUAACAAUAGCGUAAAAUUAUAAAUAUACCAACUUACUGUCGUUCGUUUAUCAUAUUGUUAGGUUAACUAUUAGCAUCGUAUAUAAGAUUUCUUCAAAAUGGCUAGAAAUGCAGAAAAGGCAAUGACCACAUUGGCGCGAUGGCGUGCGGCGCAAGUGCAGGAAGCCGGCGGACAGCGCGAGCGCCGGCCAUACCUCGCCUCAGAGUGUAAUGAUCUACCACAAGCUGAGAAAUGGCGGCUACAGAUUGUCAGGGAGAUUGCCAAGAAAGUAGCACAGAUACAAAAUGCCGGUUUGGGUGAAUUUAGGAUACGGGACUUAAACGACGAGAUAAACAAACUGAUGAGAGAGAAGCGUCACUGGGAGGUUCAGAUUAAAUCUCUGGGCGGGCCGGACCACGCGCGUGUCGGUCCGCGCAUGCUCGAUCAGGACGGCAAGGAGGUGCCCGGCAACAGAGGAUACAAGUACUUCGGAGCCGCUAAAGAUCUACCAGGGGUGCGCGAGCUAUUCGAGCAAGAGCCGCCCCCGCCGGCGCGGCGCACGCGAGCGGACUUGAUGCGCGACGUGGACGCGGACUACUACGGCUACCGGGACGACGACGACGGCUUGCUGCUGCCGCUGGAGAAGGACGCUGAAAGACAAGCGAUAGCACGAGCAGUGGAAGAAUGGAAACGGAAUAAAGAACAGAACAAAGAACAAGAUUUACCAGAAGAGGAGAAUAUCUAUCCAGAAGAUCCUGAUGACAAGAGGAUAGAAGAUGACGAGGAGAUGACAGAGAAGCCUUCCGCCCCUACGCUGGUGGCGGUACCCUCACAGAAGGACAUAGAAGAAGCGUUGCUGAGACGGAAGAAGCAGGAACUUCUAGAACGAUACGGCUGUCUAGAUGUUAAGAUAGAAAAUAGCUGAUAUAUAUUUAGAUGUAAUAAAGUAACAAUUUUUUUAAUUUAAAA